UUAAAACGUACAGGUCCGCCCAAGCCACCGGCUCGUGCGAAAUGAGCGUCUGUAUCAUGCACUUUCCGGCUAAUAGAGAAAGAAGUUAUAGUUCAUGGUAAUAAACUCGGUAAAGGUAAAGGAAAUUAUAAUGGGUCUUGAGGUCACGUACGUUUGAAUGUUUCAAAUUUGGUAGCAGCGUUCGGUAUUUUUUUUCUUUAAAGUCUACAGACCACUCAGCUGAAAAGUAUUACUCGUAGUUGCAAUGGCAAAAGGCAGACAGAAACGCCUGACUUCGACCAAAGUUAAAGCUGACGACGCUCCUCGCAUAGCAGAAAAGGGGACAAAAGAAAACCAACCAGAAAUGAACGGGGACGUCUUGUAUAAUGGUCAGUCUGUGAUCCAAAAAUUCUUCACCUCUGGCAAGUCCCGCUCCCCACUCCAUGAUAAAUCCCUUCCCCUUGGACAUGAGGGGAAGGUUUCUGUGAAGCAAGUGGUUCAAAGUGAAACGGACAGACAAGCCGAAGUGAGGCCUAACAAUGUGAAAUCAGAAGCAGCUGCUACUGCCAGAAGGGGGGGCCAUGAUGAUGAGGGCGAGAAGUGCCUCCCGUGUCGGACAGAUGAGCCACAGCCCAAGGAGUCCCAGGGAGAAGCCUCCAGUGCCACCACAAAACCCGGGCCUGCUUCUGGCUGUGCUGCUCGGCGCAGGGUUCGACCCAAGAAGUCUAGUCUGAAAACAGCAGAAAGAAAGGAGAUCCAGAACAGAAAGGUCACUGAUUAUUAUCCUAUAAGGAGAAGCUCCAGGAAGAGCAAAAGUGAGCUUAAGUGCAAAGAACAGCAGCGCAUCAAUCACCUGAUAAAGAAUGGGAUUGAAGAAGGCAUGCAGGUGAAGCACAUUGAGGGUAAAGGAAGGGGCGUAUUUGCUGAGCGGAGCUUCCAGAAGGGGGAGUAUGUUGUGGAGUACCAUGGAGACCUGCUCCAGAUCAAUGAUGCCAGGGAACGGGAGGCCGCCUAUGCGCAGGACCCCUCCACCGGCUGCUACAUGUACUAUUUCCAGUAUCUCAGCAAAACUUACUGUGUGGAUGCCACGAAGGAAACCAAUCGCCUGGGGAGGCUGAUAAACCACAGUAAAACUGGCAAUUGCCAGACCAAACUGCAUAACAUAAAUGGAAUACCUCACCUGAUACUGGUGGCUUCCAGAGACAUUGAGAAAGGGGAGGAGCUUUUGUACGACUACGGUGACCGCAGUAAGGAUUCCAUUGCGGCUCACCCUUGGCUCAAACACUGAUGUCAUAUGUUUACCUUUCCUUUCCUCAAUCAGCAGCUGUACUCCAAGAAGAGGGAAUCAGCAUUUUUUUCCUUUACAAACCAUUUUAAAACUGCGAAUGGCCUUAGUAAAAGCAUAUGUGCUUUUUUUUUUUUUUUGGGGGGGGGGUAUGGGAAGCUGGGGCACAUACCCAAGUUAUGGCAGUCCUUCAAAUGUAAUGGCAUCAACUUUUAAAUAUUAAUAGUAAUUUUCCGAAGCAAUUUUUAUGUACUUUGUAUACGGGUAGGUCAGUGACUCCAGCUGGUGGGUAUAGACCACGUUCUGCAUUUUUAAUCAAUCUUUAAUGUUAGGAGGUAUGCUUAGCAAUAAAUUUAUCGUUGAGGAAGAAAGCGUGUGUAAAUUAGCUGGAUCUUUUGAAGCCGUUAACUGGAAUGAGAUUCCUAGGCUGUAGCUUAAAGUUCAUCUUAAAUUUUACCCCUUCCUUGCCGUGUUGAACCUAGUUAUUUUAUGAACUUGAACAAGAGCUGUACCUCACACACAAAGCUGUCAAAUGUCUAACCAAAUGUUUCAAGUGAACUUAUUAAAAUAGUGCUCCUUAA